CUGUACGUUCACAGACAGAAAUCGUAUGUGUGACAUCCGUUUUUCAAUCCAAACGCUCCCGCAUUACCUAUGGCCAAUAGCCCGCACUCGAACACCUUAUUACUCCUGCGCCGCGAGCAGUCUUAUCAUGUGAUUCCUGUCUUGCAGAAGAACUUAGCAAAUGAGAAUCUGAAUGCUAGACCGAGUGUGUGCCCAAAAAAAGACACAAAACGCGACAAAACGAUUUUAUCUCCCCCACGGUAGGGUCGGCCGAGGACCCAUGGCACACUACCAAUUUUGGGGUCAAUAUUCUAGGGUGGUAAUCUGUGGUAAUACAGUAAAUCGGCAGCAUGAAGCACGCUAACAACGAACGUUGACACCUCCUGGACUCUAUACUUCAACCAGGAAAGAUGGGUGCUAUCACCUUCCAUGUUGAUGCGGUCUUGUUUGAUAUGGACGGCACACUGGUAGAUUCGACAGCAGGCAUAAUCGGAGCUUGGGAGACGUUUGCUGAGACGUAUCCCGGCCUGGAUGUUCAAAAGAUUCUGAGCAGUUCGCAUGGUGUUAGGACUGUCGACAAUCUGAGGAAAUACUGCGGGCUUACAUGUGAAGCAGACCUCGAGAGCGAGGCUGAACGGUUCGAAAAGGCCAUCGUAACUUCAUCCAAAGCGAAUGGCAGAAAGGGUAUCACCAUUUUGCCUGGAGUUCGUUCCGUCAUAGAUGAGCUUCUCCCCGGAAAGAACAAUCCCAAGCCAUGUUGGGCCAUUGUUACGUCUGCGACCCGUACAUAUGCAUCAGCUGCUCUAGAGAUUGCUGGAAUCUCGACUCCAGAUGCCUUUGUGACUGCUGAAGAUGUCAAACAGGGGAAGCCUUCUCCUGAUCCGUAUCUCCUCGGCGCACAAAAAUGUGGAGUUCUGCCGGGAAAUUGUCUAGUUGUAGAAGAUGCUCCGGCAGGUGUCGCAAGUGGUCUUGCCGCUGGAUGUGCUGUGAUUGGAUUGAUCACAUCACACACCAAGGAACAGAUGGAAGCCAGACGCCCAACAUAUUUAGUUGAGAAUUUGUCUAGGUGCGCGAAAACUGUUGAGUAUCGACUAAGUAUUCACAUUUGUCGUUGUAGUGUGUCAAUGAAGAUGGGGGCAAAUGGUGGCGUAGAUGUCGUUGUCAACAUAGAUUAGAUGAAUGUAGUUGACACACUAGAGCGCUCUAAUCAUCACCCCAUGAAGCAAAAAUACACAAGGCAGCGGGAGCUAUGCCCUCUCAAGAGCACCAUCGGGAACGACUUGGAUCUGUCGAGAGGCAGCAGAGUGGAUUCGGAGACUAGACUGAAGUUACGAAAGUUCGUUAACGAGACCCACGCGUCUAUAGCAAGGCACC